CUCUCCCGCCCCCUAAAAUUACCGGUUUCGUAUCAAGAUAAAGAUUGUCGUUGGCAUAUAUAUAUGCCUUGAAGAAGAUUUAAGCAGCGUCGGGAGCAGACAAACCGAACGAGACAACGUGUCUCUUACCUGUAUUAGAGAAUUUUGGUAACAGUAAUUUGUGUCACGAGUGAACAAACCUGUUGAGAUGUUUAGCAGAACGCGACUCCUGACCAGGAACUUGGGGGUUCUUCGGAAUUCUUCGAUACAUCCUGAGGUCAAUAUGAACACGCAAAUAUUAUGCUCAUUGUAUCCAGUUCAAGCGAGACACAAGGCCAGCACUCCACUUAAUACGAUCUUCAUGUUUGUACCACAACAAGAGGCUUGGAUAGUCGAGCGAAUGGGCAAAUUCCACAGAAUCCUGGACCCCGGCUUCAACGUACUUUUUCCAAUAAUCGACAAAGUUAAAUACGUACAGAGCCUCAAGGAAAUAGCAAUUGACGUGCCAAAGCAGAGUGCAAUCACGUCCGACAACGUGACCCUCGAUAUUGAUGGAGUUCUCUAUCUCAGGAUAAAUGACCCAUAUUUGACAUCAUACGGUGUCGAGGAUCCCGAAUUCGCUAUAAUCCAGUUGGCCCAGACCACGAUGAGGUCAGAACUGGGUAAAAUAUCGUUAGACAAUGUGUUCAGGGAGCGCGAAGGACUCAAUGUUAAUAUCGUGGCGAGUAUAAAUAAAGCGAGUGAGGUUUGGGGAAUCACAUGCCUCAGAUACGAAAUUCGUGAUAUCAGACUACCUGCGAGAGUUCAGGAAGCGAUGCAGUCGCAGGUGGAGGCUGAGAGGAAGAAGAGAGCUGCUAUUUUGGAGUCUGAGGGAGUGAGGACUGCUGAUAUCAACGUGGCAGAGGGAAAGCGACAGGCGAGGAUUCUUGCCUCCGAGGCCGACAAAUUAGAAAAAAUUAAUCAAGCUCAGGGUGAGGCGACAGCCCUCCUGGCAGUAGCUGAGGCGCGUGCUAAGGGUCUUCAAGUGGUGGCGGAUUCCCUAGGGCUUCGAGACGGCAAGAACGCAGCCUCGUUGAGCAUAGCUGAGCAGUACGUCAAAGCAUUCAACAAGCUUGCGAAAACAAACAAUACUUUGAUACUUCCAAGCAACGUGGGAGAUGUAUCGAGUCUCGUGGCGCAGGCGAUGUCGAUAUACAAGCAAAUCCUCCCUCCAAACCUACCCGAUGGCUCCCCUACCCAGUACGAGACGAAGAGUCUACGCGAGGGCAGUGAAGUUGAUGAAGUUUAUGAGUAUUUUAGUGACAAGGAAGAGGCGGAGAAGCACCGAAACACCAACAAUGCACGGAAAUCGUAAAGAUAAUUGUGUCGAAUAAGCGUGUAGAUUAUUGAUAUGUCCUCAUGGAGGAUAACGAUAUGUUCUACAUUGUUGAUUAAUAAAAACAAUUUGUUUCAAUUA